GCCAGCUCCAGCCACCAUUGGCCUUUCAGGUGCUCUGCAGGAUCUCACAAUCCACAAGCAGCUGACAGCCAUGAAGAUCCUCUACCUGCUCUUCGCUGUCUUCCUCCUCCUCUUCCAGGCCACUUCAGGUUCUGCAGACCCUCUUUUUGCUGACACCACCGCGUGCCGGAGCGCACAGGGAAGCUUCUGCCGCGCCGGGGCGUGCCCACCCACCUUCGCUGCCACGGGGACCUGCCACGGGGGGCUGAUGAACUGCUGCUCCAAGUAG